GGAAAAAUAAUAUAUUUAGUUAAAAUCAAAUUUAAUUGUAUAACAAAUCUCACCUAUUUUACAAUAUAUCUGAAACUAAACCAUUAAAAUCAAAUAAUUUUUUUGUGCAUUCAUUGUUUUCAGUGACAAUGUCCUUUGGUUUUUCAUAUGAAUUUUGCAUGCUUAGUAUGCACAUGCUCAUUCUGGUAAAUUUAAUGUUCAAUGCUGAUUUUUUUUUAAUUCUUAAACUGAGUAAUACUAUUAUUUAUUCAUUUUUCUGAAUUGAUCAAUACUGUUUUUCUUUUCAAAAAUUAGUAAACAUGAAUCAUUUGUUAAAUUUAAAUUAGUACGUUUUGAAAUUUGCUUCAAAAUUUCCAUUCUUAGAUGCACUGGUAUUAGUGUAUAAACUCAUCUUUUGGUUACAUGUUCACUUCUGUAUAUAUAUAUCUGCGUAGUUUAUAAACUUAAUGUUCAGACAAUGCCAAAGAGUCUUCACUGCCUGUCAUUGAAACUAACUGUAGAAUAUUUCAAAUCCCCUAAUUAUGAAGAGAAGACUGAUGAGGAAAAGUUUAUUGAUUCAUCAUUACACCAUUAUGUUAUUUUCUCUAAUAAUGUGCUUGCAACUUCAGUGGUUAUCAACUCCACUGUAUUUCAUGCAAAGGAAAGUUCAAAUCAGGUUUUUCAUGUGUUGACUGAUGGAGAAAAUUAUUAUGCAAUGAAGCUCUGGUUCUUGAGGAACCAUUAUAAGGAAGCUUUUGUUCAAGUGCUGAAUGUAUCAUUUUGUGGUUAUGAUAAUCCAUCCAUGAACCAAAUUAGAAUAGAAUACCUUUCAAUUUUUUCUGAUUCACACUAUUUACUUCCUGAUUUAUUCAGCAAUUUGAAGAAAGUUGUGGUUUUGGAUGAUGAUGUUGUUAUUCAACAAGACUUGUCUGCGUUAUGGAACAUGGACUUUGGGGAUAAAGUUAAUGGUGCAGUGCAGUUCUGCUCGGUAAAGUUUAGGUUCGUGUCUAACUUGGGAGAGCUUUUUAAUGGUUCAUGAUUUUAAGUCAAGUUAGACAAAGGAACUCUUAUAAAAAAUUUACGUGUAUAGGUUGAUUUUAACUUCUGCAAGAAGUUUGAUGAAUUUUGUCUCCUUAGUUUACUUUAUUUUCUUUUUCUAUAAUUGCCUACCGUGGUGUUUAUCCAAACUGGCCUUAGAAUUGCGCUGCUAUUUUAAUUGACACAAUUGCGCUGCCA